GAUUAAAAAAGAGAGAGAGAGAGAGAGAGACAGCGCGGUCUGUCCCGAAAGCAACUCAAUUUGAAAACUCUCGGAGCGCGGUGCCCGCGCCCUGACCCCGCAGGUCUCGCCUAGUUGGGGCUGAACAAAAACACUCGGGUGACAGUUUGGUGACAGAGGCUCCAGGGACCCUGGGAACAGCGUGGUGAGCGCGCCCGACCAUCAUGCCACGUUCGUUCCUCGUUAAGAGCAAGAAGGCUCACAGUUACCACCAGCCGCGUUCCCCCGGACCCGACUACUCCCUUCAGCAGGAGAUCGUACAGGCGCCAGGCAAAGCAGACAGUACUUCGGACACAUUGGAGGCAAAAGCAGAGCCCCGGGGCCGUUUGUCCCCCGAGUCGCAGCUGACCGAGGCCCCUGAUAGAGCCUCCGUGUCCCCCGGCAGCUGUGAGGGCAGUGUCUGCGAUCGGAGCUCGGAAUUUGAGGACCUCUGGAGGCCUCCGUCGCCCUCUGUGUCUCCAGCCUCAGAGAAGUCUGUGUGCCCAUCGCUGGACGACACUCAGCCCUUUCCCCUGCCCUUCAAGCCAUACUCGUGGAGCGGCCUGGCGAGUUCUGACCUGCGAAAUUUGGUGCAGAGCUACCGGCCAUGCACGGCCCUGGAGCGUGGCGCUGGCCUGGGCCUCUUCUGUGAGCGCACCCCGGAGCCAGGCCACCCCGCAGCACUGUACGGCCCAGAGCGGACAGCGGGCGGCGCGGGGGCCGGGGCGCCCGGGGGAGGUAGCGCAGGAGGCAGCGCGGGCCUGGGGCUCUACGGCGACUUCGGUCCGGCUGCGGCAGGGCUAUACGAUCGGACGACGGCGGCAGCAGGCGGGCUGUACCCAGAGCGUGGCCACGGGCUGCACGCGGACAAGGGCGCUGGUGUCAAGGUGGAGUCGGAGCUGCUGUGCACCCGCUUGCUGCUGGGCGGCGGCUCCUACAAGUGCAUCAAAUGCAGCAAGGUGUUCUCCACGCCGCACGGGCUCGAGGUGCACGUGCGCAGGUCUCACAGCGGCACGAGACCCUUUGCGUGUGAGAUAUGCGGCAAGACCUUUGGGCACGCGGUGAGCCUGGAGCAGCACAAAGCCGUGCACUCGCAGGAACGGAGCUUUGACUGUAAGAUUUGUGGCAAGAGUUUCAAGAGGUCAUCGACGUUGUCCACACACCUCCUCAUCCACUCUGACACCCGGCCCUACCCCUGUCAGUACUGUGGCAAGAGGUUCCACCAGAAGUCAGACAUGAAAAAACACACCUUCAUUCACACUGGUGAGAAGCCCCACAAGUGCCAGGUGUGCGGCAAGGCAUUCAGCCAGAGCUCCAACCUCAUCACCCACAGCCGCAAGCACACUGGCUUCAAGCCCUUUGGCUGCGACUUGUGUGGGAAGGGCUUCCAGAGGAAGGUGGACCUCAGGCGGCACCGGGAGACGCAGCAUGGGCUCAAGUGAGUGCCCUGGCUGGCCACAAGCAGCUGUAACACAACACUAGGGAGCACAGCCUCCCCACUUGCCACCACCCACCUCUGACUUCUCAGGCCCCCCAGUCCAGGCUGCAGAUCGCAGCAGGUGAUCCUUCUUCGCCUUACUUCCCAGAGCUGCUGGAGGGAAUACGUUACCUUUUCAAAGUUCGCCCUGGAGUCGGAACCAAAUGACUUACUGUACUUUGGACACGAAGAAUGGGCUCCUCUACACCUGAAGACUCAAAGUCAAGAGGGGCUCAAAUAAAAUCUUGGGCCCCUCAGUCCUUCCUAUUCCCAGCUGUGCUCCAAAAUCAGGAGGGUCAUUCCAGUUUCUUCCCUCCUCUUUCUGAUCCACCCCAGAUACUGGUGUGGAAGAAGAAGAAUCACCUUUACAAGGUAGACAGACGCUAAUUUUUAAAAAUAUAGAAUGAAGAAUGAGUGUUAUUUUUCUUUUUUCCUUCUGGGGAGUCAGUUGACCCCUUUCUGUUGGGUGCUGCCUAUAAAUCUUGGAGGAAUCAUUUCUGCCACUGGAAGACUGGCUCAGAAACUGACUUGGGGAAGUAGUUUCAUACUUCUGAAAUUACAAGAUACACUGUAGGGCCUGUCCCAAGAAAGAGCUGAAGAAAAGUGGGCCUGGUGUUGAGAAGAGAUUAGAGGCCUCCAAGCUUGUGAAGGCUUCAUCGGAGGAGGUGGAAGCACAGAGCAGCGGCCUUUGGACACAGUAUCAUCCAUUCACAGCAAAUAUUUGUUGACCACUGGUUACCAUGGUACCUGGCCCUAUGCUAGGUACUGUGGAGCCAGAGAUUAAGGUCUCAGCCUCUGCCCCCUGCAUUUCAAAAACUAACAUUCGCACCUCCAAGUGGCUGGAUCUGUUCUUUCCGUCCAAAGGAAUUCUGAGAAGGCAAAAUAGUCUUGAACCUUCUCUUUUGACCCAUUUGGCUUUUGUCAAGCAUAAGAAAAAAUAGCUGAACAAAUACUUCAAAGAUUUGUGUGUAUAUUCAGUUUUUUUAUUGUUAAGCUGAUUUUUUAAAGAUGUCUAAGCUAGCAGGCAUGUGGGAGUGAAGGCUCUGUCUUCCACCCUUCCCCCUUCUAUGUGUACCGCAGAGAAGUGGUAAUUUCCUUUCAUGAAGUUUAUAAAUGUUUUUUAGGUCUUCUGAAAUGCAUUAUGUUAAUACGUAUUUAUUAGAGUGAUGUUUUAAGUUAAUAAAGUAUUAAGACUCUUACAUACUGCUUUUUCAUGUGUGCAGGGGAUUUGAGAAAGACCCUUGUUUUAGUCUGCAGGGGGAGUUGGCACUGAAGAAACUACAGAAGUAGCGCAGAGGAGCCAACAUCCAGACGAGAGUAACAUCCAGUUGCUCUGGUUUUCCUGUGCUUUUUUAUUUUCUUCUAUUCCUCAGAGAUCCUUAUUUCUUAAUAGGAAAUUUAGGAGCUCCACACUAAGCUCCAGCCUAGGAGACUCCCUGAUGGUCCCAUAUGUGCACGGGCUCUUCUGUGUGUUUCAGGGCUGUUUUUUUUUAAUAGGCCAGAAGGCUCUGGCAUGAGUAAAGAAAUCACAAGCCUUGGGUCCAGAGAUCGAAUCUUAGUCACAGCUCUACCACCAGUACCUCACGUAACUUGGUCAAAUCCUUUGACCUCCCUGACACUGGUUUCCUUGAUUUUAACCUUUAGACACGGAUGUAUCAUCCCACUACAACCCUGACCACUUUGGUUCUGUGGAGAGUAGCAAGGAAAGAUAGUAUCUGAGAUUGGUUAGCUGCCUCACCUGAGGUAAGUGGGCAAUCUAAAGACACGUGAGGGGCAGUAAAAUUGGGAUCUGGGUUAUUUCUGGCUCUAUCCCACCUGUGGGAAUUUCUUGCACAAAUCAAUCCCUUAAACUGGAAUAAGGUCCUGGCCUAAACCCCAACUACCUGUGCUUUUUCUAACAUUUCCCAGCCAGGGUAUGAAUGGCCCAUGACGACCACCGGCAGACUGUCCAUGUCUAUUCCAAUCAACCUCACACAUUGAUUGAACACCUGGUGUGUGCCUGGACUGUUCUCAGUUCUGGGAUACAGCAGUGGCCACAAUGUCCUGUGGAGUUCUAUUUAUUUGGUACUGCUGAACCUUCUAGAACCUGGCACACAGUAGAGAUCAAUAAAUAUUUGGUGAGGUCUUAAGUGACUAAGCAGACAAAAUAAACUCCUGCUUGAUCCUGGCUGCUCUGCACAGCACAAAGGGAAGAGAAAUUGCUCGAAGGCCCA